UAGAAGUAUUGUACUUUUAUAUCCGCGGACUCGGGGGAGGAAAAUGUAGGGAAUUCGCGAAUCCGCGGCAGAGAAUGUCGGCAUUGCUGCGUAUUUCGUGCGUGCACGAUCAUCAGAUAUCACGGUGCGUUCAUCCGAGUCGGACGAUCUCUACGCUGCUAAUCACCGCGGUCUCUAAAUGCCAUUCGUCACAGUUUCCUCCGUUGGAUAGGCCGGAUCCGCUCCUGUCCAGGAUGCUGUAGCUACGGCGCGUCAAGCGUAGCUAAUUCGACGACGAUCCUGCACGUUGUAGAGAACUGAUAAGCGGGGUGUCCGUCGAACAAGAUCGCUUCGAAGGUUAGACACGAAACGGAGCGCAACGGACCUUGUCGUAGUCGCGAGGGGAUCUACCGGGAGUAUAAUCGACGCGAAUUGUAAACAGCGGGAUGGAUGGUAAAGUGGACGACGAGAAUCAGCGUAGCAUCAACGACGGUGACUGGGUCUGUCCUGACUCUCAAUGUGCCAAUGUAAAUUUUGCCAGACGAAAUUCCUGCAAUCGUUGUGGAAAAGAUAGAAGUGAAUGUCCAAAGAAGAAAAAAUUGGGUCAAGAAAUUGGAAAAGCAGCUGCGGAAAAGAGUAGAGGUCUCUUUAGCGCGGACGAUUGGCAAUGUAGCAAGUGCGGUAACGUCAAUUGGGCUCGCCGGCAGCAGUGCAAUAUGUGCAAUGCUCCAAAAUUCGGCGAGAUAGAGGAACGCACAGGAUACGGAGGUGGAUAUAACGAUCGAGGAGUCGUCGAAUAUAAGGAGAGGCGGGAUGACGACGAUGAAUACGACGAGUUUGGACGACGCAAGAAAAAGCGGAAACUUGAAAAGAAUUCUGACGACGAUUCUAAGGAUUCCAAAUACAGCAGCCCGUCGCGUAGUAAAUCUAGGGAUAAGGAGGAAAAAGAUGAAGUGGACGAAGAGGAACAAGAAGAAAAUGUUAACGAGGAUGAAGAGGAAGAUGAAGAAGAAGAAGAAGAUGGUGAUUUAUCUAAAUAUGAUCUUAGCGAAUGGGAUGAUUUUGCGCCAGCGAAAAACAGUACGAACGGAAGUACCAUGUCGUCGGAAGCGCAACGGUCAAGAAACGGAGAUGAUCGGCGCGAUUCAGGCACAUCCAAUCAAUGAAAGGCUGUACAGAAGGACAGGUUUGACUUGGGUUUCGGGUAUAAAAUUGAUUAUGAUGAUCAGUUGCAGACAGCAUACAGUGUGAUGAGUUUUGCUAAAUAAUGUAUAGUCCCAGAUCCUUAAGACUUAAAGUAUAAGCUUGCUUUUAUUGCGAUUAUAUCUAGAUAUAUCGCGUAAACAAAAGGAGGAUUUGUAUAAAAUCGCGAUCGCGAAGAUUAAUCUCGAUUAAUACGACGGAGGUGUACUUGUACAUAAAUUAAAAUAUUAUUUUCUUUUCAGAGAAUCGUAUCUCAUCCCACACGAGACUCGCUUAACUUAUUUAUGUAUGCGUUCUUCUAUGCGUAAAUUAUUUAUGAUUUUUCAUUGGCCAUCCUGCGAUAACAUGAAACUCGGUCCAUGCUACGAAAGAUUUAUCGCCAUUUCUCAAUCGACGCGGCCGUUUUGCAAUUCUUAAUAGCGCAAUUAUAGAUUUGUGCUAUAAUCGAAUAUUUAUAUCUUAGAACGUAGGACGUCAUAAGGAAUGGAAAUAGGACAUCUUGUGUGCGCGUGUGUAUGUGUGUAUGUAUGUUUACGUUUGAGUGUGACGAUAAAUGUGACAAUUAAGGUACUGAUCGUAGGAUAAGGAAGACACUUCUACACAUGGUUUUAUGUUUGAUAUACAAAAUCGUCGCGAUGAGUCAAAGUGACUUGACGAUAUCCUUUAUAUUAUCUCUCGAGAGUUUAUCUUAACGAAUAAUAGUUACGUAUUACAUUAAGGAUACCCUAACUCUCUCUCGCUAGAGUUGCUGGGCGUUACUAGGUAUCGCCAAUCUCCCUAUAAUUCUUUCCACGAGGGGCAUGAAAUGAUAUCUUUUAAUCGCGAAGAAUUGUUCUUCCCUUUCUUUCUACGCUGAAUCGUUAAAACCUUAUAUACGUUAACAGAUGUACAAACUCUUCGCCUUCGCAGACAGAAAAUUAUUUGAAACAGUGAAACAUUGCGGCAGACUGAUCGUUAACGAUAUUUUCUCAGCUCGACAGGAACGGGUUUCCGGUCAAUCUAUAAUUCUCUACAGAGUCCCGAUUUCCAAGAAACGCCGACGUAGAUUUCCGUACAUAAUCGAGAGUAUAUCGUUUUAAAUAAAACAACAACACACGCGAAACAGUCUGACGAAUCUUGACAGGACACGUUGUACAUAUUGAAUGUGCCUCGCGUUUGCGACAGCGAACUUUCUUUUUCAUUAUAUAUCUUCCCGUAUUUCGUUAUGAUGUAUAUAGUAAUGACUAUAUUCGCCGUAUGCUUUAUUUUGUAAGUUGGUCGUGUUAGCGACAUACGUUAUAUUCUCCAUUCUCAUAUAUUGGGACACUAAUAAAAAUGUCGAUGUUACGCUUUCGUUAUACAGGAAAACCCGCUUUUAAACACACGUGGCUGUCUUAUUUUUAUUUUACAUUUAUAUAUAUAUAUAUAUUUGACGCUGCAAUCAUUUAUAAUUUUCAAUUAUAUACCAGCACGUUACUUUAAGAUAAUUUCGACUGCAGAUUUCUGUUACAAUGCGACUUUUCAAUAAAUAAGUUUGCGCAGUGUAAAUAUGGAGCGAAUUCUUUUACCGGCUUUUCUCGCGAAGCGAAGUGAAAUGGGAAAAAAAGAAGAUAAGAAAAAUAUUUAUACCGGGUAAUAACGUACGACGAAAGUGUACACAGAUGACAGAUAUAUUUAGUAUUCCGUAUGGAAGAUAUAUUCACGAUUUACUGAUAGAAUCGUUUUCGAGCACAUGACAAGCGUGUACAAUUGCUGUAAAUUCUAGUUCCAUAGAAUCGUAGGUGCCUAAAGUCUCAGUAAUGAUCCAAUAAGAUGAUCGUCAAAAGUGAAUCUAUUCACCCGCAUAAAUAGAGACUUCUUUUUAGACACUUUUCUAUCCUAGAGACCUUUUCUAAAGUUUGUUUUUUUUCAGACAGUAAAGCAUUGUCUCUUGAAACGAGUCGUUUCGGCGAAUUUAAAAUUGACAAACGAGAGAGCACAAGGGAGGAAGAGAGUCGCGCGCGAACAAGAAAAGGAUGCCAAGAUAUGAAAUAUCAAUUUGAUAGGCAACGAGCGGACAAUUACUUAAGAGAAACACCGAACGGUGCGUCCUCGCGAAAAAAAAGGACCAAAAUUAAAACCAAAGGCCUCCCCUCCCCCCUCUGUGAGAGGAGGCUUGGAUACAUUGUAACACUUUUUCAAGGCUUGAAUCAAAAUAUUAGAAUUCUCUUGUUACAAUUAAAUCCAAACCUCCCGUGAGCAAUUCGCUCGUAAAGUAAUGGUGAAGAAAAGCAAAUAAUCAUAGGUGCUGAAUACUAAACGACAUUUGAUAUUUUAAGGUGCCUUCGCUCUGUUCGUUGCAGUAAAGCUGUACCGGUGUGUACAACUAUAAAGCUAUUGAUUUACUCGAUCCUGUAAGGAUAAAUCUUGGUUUCCACGUGUGUGUACAAGUAGAACAAGUGUAAAUUUUCAUCAAUAGCGAUGAAUACGAGUAUAUUGACGGACAUGCUGUUUUCGCUUCCAAAUGUUUCAUCGUGCAUGUGAACUUUCUAAAGAGAAAGAGAGAGAGAGAGAGAAAUAUCAGCAAUGUGAGUAGACUUUUUUUCACGAAAGAGACUUGUAGACUGCAUAACAGACAUCUGUAUAAACAAUUGUAAGAUACUGAAAAUUAAUUUAGAUCGUCGAGAAGUCCCAGCAUUUACGCGAAACACUGAUCGCAGAAGUCAGAUUUUUUUUCUCAAAAAUCUCAAUUGCAAUACGAAUAUCAAAUUAAGAGAAUCAUGCCGAUUAAAGAGACAUGCAACGACAAUUUA